AAAGGGUGCGAGCAGAGAUCGGAGCCCACUCAGACCCUCUCCAGAACGUGGAAUGACAGCCGGACAGACACACCGAGGGGGUAUUCCAAGAGCGGAGAGAGAGAAAUACAUGCUCCCAUUGAUAUUUCUGAAGCGAAAGCAUGCUAGAAACCAGCCUGAUGUCAUAGCUGGAAACCACUCCAAUACUCAAGCGCUCUCCAGGGAACCAUUCAGGGCUGGUAGCCAUGGGGAAGGACCUGGUGAAGGAGCAGGAGUGCCUCCACUUGCAACACUAAGGACAGGUAGCAGAGGUCCUGAAGCUGAGGUUGGGUCUGGAGGAAAGCGUGCAAGAAGAGAAUGGAGUCCAUGCAGAAGUGCUGCAGGACCUGGCAUGACAGCUGGACAGACGAACAGAGGGGGUUUUCCAAGAGAGGAGAAAGAGAAGUACAAGCUCCCACUGAUAUUUCUGAAGCGAAAGCAUGCUAGAAACCAGUCCACUGCCAUAGCUGGAAACCACUGCAAUCCUCAAGCCUGCUCCAAGGAACUGUUAAGCACUGGUGACUGUAGAGAAGAACAUCAUCGUGGAGUAGGAUUGUUUCCAUUUGUGCCACUAAGGGCUGGUGAGUACGCAUGUAUUCCAGAAGCUGGUAGCAGAAGUCCUGAAACUGAGAUCCCACUCAGAUCUGGAGGAAAGGGUGAGAGCAGCACCUCUCCAGAACCUGACAUGACAGUUGGACAGACAGCCAGAGGGAGAAGUGCUGAGAUUGGUGUCUUGGCGGAGGUGUCAGUUGGGUCAGGCCUGGCCCCUGCCGCAUCCUGCAGGCCCUCUGCACUUGAGGUAGAAGAAGAGAAAUGCUUAAUCUUGGAAAUGAAGGGCGAACACCUUCCUCAACUCUCAGAGGACAUGGAGAGAAAGAUAAUGAAGGCACUUGGCCAUGGCCAUCAGGAUGAGAUCCUGAGCAGUGCCUUUAAUUUAAAGAUCACUCGUCAGGACAUGCAGACGCUAAGGAACCGUCACUGGCUCAACGAUGAGGUGAUCAAUUUCUACAUGAAUCUUCUGGUGGAGAGAAAUAAGAAGAAGGGGUUUCCAGCACUUCAUGCUUUCAGUACUUUUUUCUACCCCCAACUAACUUCUGGAGGUUAUCAAGGAGUAAGAAGGUGGACAAAAAAUGUGGAUAUCUUCAGUAAGGACCUAAUUUUGGUGCCAAUUCACCUCCAGGUGCACUGGGGAUUAGCGGUGAUAGAUGUCAGAAGAAAGACCAUUAAAUAUUUUGACUCCCUGGGUCAAGAUGGCCACCGGAUAUGUAAAUCUUUGUGCCAAUACCUGCUGGAAGAAAGCAAGACCAAGAGGAACAUAGAGAUCUCUCCUUCAGAGUGGACCCUCUACUGCAUGAAAUCACAUGAGAUUCCACAGCAGCUGAAUGGCAGCGACUGUGGGGUGUUUACCUGUAAAUAUGCGGACUAUAUCUCCAGGGACAAGCCAAUCACUUUUACUCAGCACCAGAUGUCUUACUUCCGUAGGAAGAUGGUGUGGGAAAUACUCCACCAACAGUUGCUAUGA